AAAUGGCGGGUUUCGAUCUAAUUGAUGAACUAAAAACUACUGAUGUGUUGAUUGGAAUGGCGGGUUUCGAUCCAAUUGUUGCGGUUCUAAUUGGGCUUUCUAUACUUAUUCUCACAUCCUUUGGUGUCAUUUAUCAUUCAAGAUGGAUGAAAAUGAAACCCUCUUCUCCUGUUGCAACAAUGGUUGCCAAUGAGAAUCUAGUGGCUGGAAAAGAAGAAAUCAAGAAUCUUGAACCCUCUCCAUCUUCGACACAACUGAUGGCAGAAGGACUGUUGGCGAAUUCCGCAUCUUUGGUGGUUCAUCAAACGCCGAAAGACGUUUCUAAAGAAAGUAGCCACGUGCACGCACCAACGGUCGAGUUGCUAGGCGAGUUUGUGUUUGGAGGUGAAGUAACGAGUUCUUCCUUUAGAAGUAAUGAUAUGAAAAGCUACACCAUGUCAAUGGAUACCCGCCCCACCACCGUCUCUUCUGGCCAAACGAGAUCCUCUCGCAUGGAGACGUCGAUGGGAGAUUCUCUUCAGAAUACUGCUGAGAAGAUGGUAAAGAAACCGAGACGGAAAAACGCAGAAGUGACACCAUCUCCGGUGAGGAGAUCGAACCGAAUACAAAACCGAUCGGCGAUCAAGUCUCCAUGAAUCAAAUCAACAUGAUCUUGUAUAAGAUUGAAAUGAAACAUCAAUCUCUGCUGUUUUUAUGAUCGUAUAACAUCAAAUUGAUGAUCUUUGACUUGAAUUUAAUCUAAUCAUCUUCAUCUCUUAGAUUUUUAUAAGAACUUCUUCUGUAUCUAUCUACAUCUAUAUCUGAUAUAUGAAUUGAUAUAAGGAAAAAGGAGUUAUCCAGUC